CUUUUCUCUUUACCUCGCUCUCGUCCAUCUUCGCCAUCCACCCUUCUCCUCCAAUCGCUUGAUUCAAAUCUCGGAUUCAAUGUCUGCUACGUCCGUUGCUCGGAUGGCCUCGGCGGCUGCGUUCCGUCGUGCUGGCGUCAAAUUUGCGCAUGCCAAUCAAUCGAGGCUGGCCCUCCCUACCUUCAUCCGUCUUUAUGCUUCAAAGUCGUUCCCCAAGCACACCGUCAUCGACAUGCCUGCAUUGUCGCCAACCAUGACCAUGGGCAACGUUGGAACGUGGGCAAAGGCUGUCGGCGACUCGCUGGCUCCCGGUGAUGUCCUUGUCGAGAUUGAGACCGAUAAGGCCCAGAUGGACUUUGAGUUCCAGGACGAUGGUUAUUUGGCGAAGAUUCUGCUCGAGGAGGGUGCUAAGGAGGUUCCCGUUGGAAAGCCCAUUGGUGUCUACGUUACCGACGAAGCCGAUGUUGCUGCCUUUGCCGACUUCACUAUGGCGGAUGCUCUCACCGAGGAGGGCAAGAGUGCGCCUGCGCCUGCCGCUGAGGCGCCUGCCCCGGCUGCUGCUCCUUCCACUCCCGCUCCCGCCGCUGCUCCUGCUGCUCCUGCCACCGAGGAGUCCGAGCCCGUUCACCCCGGCCGCAUCCUUGCCUCUCCCAUUGCCAAGAUGAUUGCGCUCGAGAAGGGUAUUCCCCUCAAGGACAUCAAGGGAUCCGGCCCUGGCGGUCGUAUCAUCAAGAAGGACGUCGAGGCCUACCAGCCGCCUGCUCCUGCUGCCUCGAAGCCCGCCGCUGCUCCUGCCGCUGCUGCCUCUGCUGCUGGAACAUACGAGGACAUCCCCAUCUCGUCCAUGCGUAAGACUAUCGCGAGCCGUCUGACUUCGUCGGUGCAGACCUCGCCGCAUUACUUCGUUUCCUCGACCGUCACCGUUUCCAAAUUGCUCAAGCUCCGCGAGGCGCUCAACUCGACCGCUGACGGACGAUACCGGUUGUCGGUGAACGAUUUCCUUGUGAAGGCAAUGGCGCUGGCGUCGCUGCGUGUUCCUACCGCCAACUCUGCUUGGCUCGAGGCCGAGGGUGUCAUCAGACAGUACAGCGUCGUCGAUGUCUCUGUCGCGGUCUCGACCCCGACCGGCUUGAUCACUCCUAUUGUGAAGAACGCCCAUGCUAAGGGUCUGGCGACUAUCUCGAAGGAGAUCAAGGAUCUCGGAAAGCGUGCUCGCGACGGCAAGUUGAAGCCUGAGGAGUACACCGGCGGCACCAUCACGAUCUCCAACAUGGGCAUGAACAGUGCUGUCACAUCCUUCACCUCGAUCAUCAACCCUCCCCAGAGCAGCAUUCUCGCUGUCGGCACCACCGAGCGCCGCGCGGUCGAGGACGCUGACGGAGACAUCAAGUUCGAGGACGUCAUCACAGUCACUGGCUCGUUCGACCAUCGCGUUGUCGACGGCGCCGUCGGCGGAGAAUGGAUCAAGGCGUUCAAGACGAUUAUCGAGAACCCGUUGGAGCUGUUGUUGUAAAGCAUAGCUACUAGUUGAAUUAUGCAUAUAGAGAAGAUUAAAAUAGUUUGUAUAAGAAACAAUGAAGCGUGCAGGUUUGCGCUUAAACCAUAAUCAAUGACUUUUCUUUUUUAUCGUGCCGUGUAUUUUCUUUUAAUAUUUUGUCUACCUUGUUCCUCCUCUUUUUGAGACUGAAUGUACAGCUUUCCUCGAUUGA